AUGAUGUCAUAAUUUGGGUCAUCCAAGGAACCGCCUCCUUCGAUCCCCUAAUAGGAUGAUAGCGUUCUACAUCGGUUAGGGACAAAUGCUGACCAUUAAAAUCAAGGAAAUCAGAAUAAAAUCAAGAGGGUGAAAUUUAAAGACUAGUAACAAGGACACUCCUCCAGAGACCAGGUUGAAGCAAGCCUCUCGGAGGAAGAUGUGCAUCUAAAUAUGUAAUGCCAAAUUAUAAUCUAAACAUCAUUGAAAUGAC